UACAACGCCAAGAGAGGGAGUUUAUGAUAUUUCUACACUGUGUUGAUUAUAUAGAUUUAUUGUUUACCUCCAAAAACUAGGAAUGUAGUCUAAAAAUGUCACGUAAAAGCACAGAAUUUGUCAGUGUACUUAUCUCCGACUCAAGUCACGGAAAGAUUUUGUUAGUGAACAAUGAUAACAAGGGUUUGUGGCUGCCAACAGCGGAGAGGCAUAAAAACGAAACUCUGAAAUCCGUUGCUCUGCACUUGGCUGAAGAGGUAUGUGGACAGAGGGUAGCUUUGAAAGGCGUAUUACGCACCAACAUCACAAGAUUUUCUCACCGACCUUCAUCAACACAUGUCAUCUUUCUUACAUCACCCCUCACAAGCAUAGAACAGUAUCCAGACACCUCAGUAUGGUUAACAGAGAAGGACAUGGAAGAGCAGAUGGCUCCAGGGAUGGAGCCGGGGCUUUUAGGCUUUGAACCACUCCGGCUCAUUCAGCAGCUCAAAGAAGAUAAUUGCCCUGUAGGGAGCUUGGUGGAGAGUGGUGUCGAGUAUAUUGAUGGAGGGAAUGGCUCACAACUCACGCCACAGGAGACACUGGUGAAGUCGGCCAAACUGACUAAGAAAGAACAAGACUUGUUGUUUGAAGAGUUCAUCGACUUCUGUCACCCGAGCCACUCUAUGAACUACCUGACAUUCGACCGGUACAUCACCACUAAAGGAGUCAAGGGAGACAAACCUCUGCCACUGUUCAGAGCAUUUGACAUCCACAAGAAGAACUACCUGACGUUCAAGGAGCUGUUGUUGGGGUUGGCAUGUAUGGAACCAUGCACCCAGCAUGGCGGCAUGCCAGCCGAGGCUCGUUGUAGAUACAUCUUCAGAUACUACGACUCGAACAGCGAUAACUUCCUGCAGUUUGAUGAGUUCAAAGAUCUUGUUCAAGACGUGCGGCACUUGAAGGGCCUCCCUGUUGAUGAGGAAGCAGUCUUAGAGGAUGCCACCAACAGUGCAAAAUUAUUUGGUGCUGACACAGUUGACAAGUUGCCUCUAGCAGAGUUCCUCAUUGCGGUCGGACAGCUCAAGUUCCGUGGAACAUCGGUUCUACUUCGUCUUCCAGUGUCUUGUACAAGUAAUAUAAAAGGCAUCAGUACCGACAACAACAAGUCUGAUGACAGUGAUGAAGAACCACCUUCCAAGAAGACCAGACCCAAGCUGAUCAAAUCCUCACAAUGGCCCCUAGAUGUAGAAGACACAGGCAAGGUAGACCCAGUGUUCAAGCAUCCUGAUGGACGAGCUCCCCAUGCAGUGAGGAUGUCCCCCUUACCCAAGUACGAGCUGGCGACGCACACCGUCAAAGUGCGGAGGACAGGGACGCUAGCAGAUGUCAUGGCCCUCUGGGAUCUACAGGGUACACCGGCUGUGAGUGGAAGUACCGACCAUCAUCUUGAAGGAGAUGUCUCUAGAUUUCAACGAAUGCCCUCCAUCGACUCAUUCAAUCAACGAUCUCAUCCUAAUGAAAUGCUGACUGGACUUCGAUAUUUUGAGAGAGCAAUCAAGGGAGAGAAUGGUGGACUCCCCAAGCCUGCGUUCAACUGGGGCCAGGUUGAUAGAAAUGCUCUUGCAAAGUGCCUUCUGACGUUAUGUCGUCAAGCUAAAGACAUCCUCAGCCAGGAACCGCGACUGCUCAAGCUCAAGUCUCCAGUUUAUAUACUUGGUGAUAUCCAUGGCAACUUCCGAGACCUGGUGAGUUUUGAGAAGGCGUUGUGGAGGAUGGGUCCUCUCCUCACUCCUGCAUCCUUUCUGUUCCUUGGGGACUACGUUGACAGGGGCGAGUGUGGGAUUGAGGUCGUGUCUUACCUCCUGGCCCAGAAGCUUCUGUCCCCGAACAAGUUCUUCCUGCUCAGAGGCAACCAUGAGCUCCGCAGUGUCCAAGAAAUGUUCCAUUUCAAAACUGAAUGUUUAAGCAAGUUCGGCGACAGUGUAGGCCAGCAAAUUUGGGAUGCUGUCAAUGAGUGCUUUGAUUGUAUGCCUAUUGCUGCUACCAUUGAUGACAAGGUGUUCUGUGUACAUGGAGGUAUCCCCAGCACUGAGCACGACAACGGCAGUAUAGAGGCUAUCAACAAGAUCCCCGUGCCCCUGCCAGACCCCGAGACAGAGAGUCCCAUGGCCUGGGAGAUACUGUGGAGUGAUCCCAUCAGCCUUGACCUGGUGACCCCUGAUGUCAUGCAGGACCUGACUGAGAACAAUGGGUUUGUGUUCAACUCACGGCGAGGCACGGCACACUUCUUCAGUUGUGAUGCUCUCUUUUCCUUCCUGGAUCGAAACGGUCUGUCCCACGUGAUCCGAGCCCACGAGGUGCAGGAAACAGGAUUUCAGGUUCAGCAACAGGGUCGUCUGAUGACCGUGUUCUCUUCGUCUCGCUACUGCGGCGGAUCUAACGAGGCGGCAUGUGUUCUCGCCGACAACUUCAAACUGCGAAUGAUCAGAAUAGACACAACGUGAAGUCCCUACACCAAAUAUCAUUUCACCAAAUGGCGACUCCAUUCACCUGAUUUCUCAGAUGACUCGUACCAGGUUCAGAUCUGUUUCA